AUGGAGAAGAUCGUGCAAACCGGAGGCUUGACUGGUGCCGAGUUCUGCAAGUUGCUCUCCGAGAACUCCCCGCAGCUCGAGGCCAUCGAAGCUUUGAAGAAAGACCUGGAACUGCCAGAUUUGACACUGAAUACAUCGCUGCCGUUGCAUGGGGACCACUACUCCGAUCUCAACCUCGUGACGACCACGGAAGAAUUGGCGGAUGAAUGGGCGGAUGAUGCCGCAACGUAUGCUGCCCAGGGUAAGGCUUUUGCUUUCGUGGGCCCUUUGAUAGAUGUCGCCGGCGCAAAGAGAUGUGCAGGCUUCAAGAGGGAGGUGGAGGAGCUUCUGCCAAAGAGGUCGAGUGAGGAAUCACUUAAGCUGCAUGGACGCAGCAGUGCAGUGGACGAAGAGUUUCCUAUGGGUGUGGUGGAAAGUGCAGUUGCAGCAGGUCGUAGCAUCGUCCUGGUUUCAAUGGGCACCGUGAUAACUGGGGACAGCAGCAACCACGGAUGGGGAGCCACGGACGGCAGCUCUAUGACUGGGAAGCAACUGUGCCAAGCUGUAUUCAAGGCGGUGUUCGCUGAAUUGGGAGAUCCUGCAGAAGGUGGGGGCAAUCUUCUCGUCGUAGCGGUCGGUCCGCAGGCAGAUGCCUUGGAAGGUGUGGAGGUGCCUGCGAAUGCCCUCUGCCGCAACAUCUUGCCGCAAGUGGACAUCCUUCGUUUGAAGCCCAGGGUUUUCGUCACCCACGGGGGCCAGAACUCUUUUAUGGAAAGCAUGUUCGCUGGAACUCCGCUGGUGGUGUGUCCUGGCUUCGCUGAUCAGCCAGCCAAUGGUGCCAAAGCGCAGGCAAUGAAGGUGGGCCUUUGCGUGGACAGGCCGGUGUCUGAGGAGGCUGCUGCAAGAUAUGAGGGAGAUGUCCGUGAUGCCUUGCGUCAAGUUUCGGAGGUGCCAGCAUUCAAGCACUCCGCGGACCGCGUGGCACAGGGUUUGCGAGAAGCCGGUGGUGUUGACCGGGCCAUCCAACUUCUCAUUGAAGGUCGUGCCUGA